AUGCAGCCAGAGGCGGAGGCCCUGUGUUCCUCCACCGUGCGGAAUCCCAGCAUGCAUCGGGAGACAGGAACCCUCCUUGUGGACCCUGUGACCCCAGAAGAGACGCAAGCCCGGUGCCUGAGCAGGCCCACCAAACCCUCGAAGCAGCACCUGCGACAGGUCAUUGCAGAGUACGAGGCCCUGGACCGCGAGCUCCCGUGCAUCCGGAAGUUCCCCACGCCGCCCGCCGCCCAGCCCCUGUGCCUCUGCAUGGAGACCUUGCCCGAGACCGACUUUACCCACCUGGAGGUGCUGGAGGCGCUGGAGGCCGAGUUCCCCGGCGCCAUGGAGAGCGGGCGCGUGAGCAGCAUCCGCUUUGAGAACAUGAAUGUCAUCUGUGGGACUGCUGGGCGCCGGGACCGGUGGCUAAUCACGGUCACGGAUUUCCAGACUCGCUCGCGCCUGCUGCGCUCGGGGCUCAGUCCCCGCGGGCUCUCGCAUCAGCUCGUGCGCCACGACGAGCUCCUGCUGAGCGAUUACCGCCUGCACCUGCGCCGCUCUCUGGCCCGACGGCGCAUGCUCGAGGCUCUGGGGGCGGAGCCGACCGAGGAAGAUUGAUGCGCGGGGGUUGGGCCCUGGCGGCGCUUGCGCCCCGCCCCACUGGCUCGGGCAACCCUCCCAGAACCCGGGAAGAGAGGGGGCGUGGCCUCCCCAGGAAGGAGGCGGGGCCGGCUCGAGGGGGUGGAUACUGUGAGUUUAAUUAUAAAGAAUGACUUGGUACAAAAGCCA